AUGGUCAAGCCCAUGAUGAGGAAGCGCGGUUGGAAAGUCGGCACGUUGGCUGAAUUCUUGCCGGACGAGCCUCAGCUACUAGGCCUCAAUAUCAACCGCACCGAGAGGAUCCUCAUUCGACUGCGAUAUCACUAUGACUCUAGGCAAUUUCUAUCCAUGGAGCAGAUCACAGAUACUUUGUUGCAUGAACUCUGUCACAUUGUCUUUGGUCCCCACAAUGUAGACUUCAACAACCUCUGGAACGAACUUCGAGAUGAGCAUCAAUCGCUUCUAAUGAAGGGCUACACUGGUGAAGGCUUCUUGUCGCAAGGCCAAAAACUCGGCGGCAGACGCAUACCGCUUGACGAGAUGCGCCGACAGGCGAGGAAAGCCGCCGAGAAGCGCAAGGCCACUACCAAUUCCAACUCUGGAGGCCAUCGCCUCGGGGGUACGCGGCCUGGCGGACGUGACAUAGAUAUGCGCAAAGUCAUCGCCGAUGCCGCGUCACGUCGAAGCAGUAUUACCGAAGGAUGUGCAAGCGGAAGCUCGGACGCAGGGAGGCUCGUCAACCAGCAAGAGCAGGAUGGAUUCCGAACCAGGGCUGAGCAAGAUGACGCUAACGACUGGGCGAUUGCGCAAGCACUGCAGGAUCUCAUGUAUGACGAGGAGAUGCAGCGGUUAGGCGCGCCGACUGGCAGCGGGGGACUAAGCUGGGAUCCUCAAAAUGGUCUGCAGUUUGAUAGUAAUCCGCCUUCACGCACUGCAUCUCCUGCACAAAAUUCAUCGGGUGUACGCUGCAUAAUCCACUCGACUACCUUGCUUGCGAGGUCUGUGGCUUGGAACAACCACCCCAGCCGAUACCUGAACACAGGCGCUUCGCAUCGGGACACACGGCGCCUAGUUUACCGAGACCACCACCGCAGUCUGGGUUGA